AUGCUGUUCGAUCACCUCACCAAACAACUGGGCAAACCGACGCAGGGCCCCUGGGGAUGGAUGGUGAAAAAGUUCUUAGAGUGGAAGGGUAAACUGGUGGAAGUGAAUGCUGUCAAACUGUGUGACAUUCAGCCUGAGAGUGUGGUGCUGGAACUGGGCUUUGGACCAGGGCUCGGUCUGCAGGAAGCUGUUAAACGCCUUACGCUGCCGAAGGGCAAGCUCUAUGGGCUGGAUUACUCUGAAUACAUGUACCGUGUAGCCAGCAGGAGGGUGCAGCCUGAUAUUCAGACCGGCAAGGUGACAUUGUUUCACGGCAGUGUGGAACAUAUCCCUCUGGAAGACAACGUGGUGGACAAAGUAUUUCACUGCAACUGUUUUUACUUCUGGCUUGAUCUGCAAUCUGGAUGCAGAGAGAUUUACCGAGUUAUGAAACCAGGUAGAGUGUUGUGCUGGUCAAUUCUGAAAAACCUUAAACCUCAAGGGAAAUGGUUCAGUCUGGAUGGAAUGGCGAAGUCAACUAUCAUGACAGGGAUGUUCUCGUCUACCCCAGAUUGA